UUUUCAAACUACACAAAUCCUCAAAAAAAAACCAAACUUAUCCCAACAAAAAGCAAGCGUCAAAAAAGAAUAAUUUAAAAAUAAUUAAUUUAUCAACGAAAUACGAUGAAUUUGGGACCGAAAAAGGAUGGAAGUCCGAAUGUUGACUUUUUUCAAUCGCCCGAGUCACUCCAAGGCUUUGAAACUGUUCGAUUAUGGCUACAAAAACAUCAUAAAAAGUAUGUCCAAACAGAUCCACCAACUAAGGAAACGCUAUCUCAGCUUGUUAUACAAUUAGUUCAAUAUCAAGAGACUAAGCUUGGCAAGAAUGCUCAAGAUUCAUCGAUGACAACAAGACUUCCGAUGCGCUUUUUCUUGGAUUUCAAACCUGGUGGAGCUUUAUGUAUCAUAUUGUCAACAAUGUACCGAUUUAAAAGUGAACAACGUUGGAGGAAGUUUGAUUUCACAGUAAGCAAGACAACGUCAAAGAAAGAUCCAAACAUUCAGAUGCUCUUAGAAAUUGAAUCAGCACUGAUUGAUGCUGAAAUCUUUAGAUUACCAAUCAUUUAUAUUCGACCAGAUGUCGAUCGUGCAUUAGCUGCUAAAAUUCGUGAGAUUAUUACUAAUCAUCAAGCGGAAAUAACUGAAGAAGAAGAAGAUGCAACACAUAUUGUGCAUCCUGAUGCUGAUCCAUUGCCUGAAGAGUAUGCACGUCCAAUAUUCAAACGUGACAAGAAUGUAUUACUUCAUUGGUAUUAUUUUCCAGAAUCUUAUGAUUCAUGGGUUCCAAAUAACUUUGAUUUACCUGAUAAUGUCCCUGAAUGUCCUGGAUCUCCAGCUGAACGUUGGCGUGUAUCUGCUCAAUGGGUACGUGAUUUAGAUCAGUACAAUGAAUGGAUGUCUGAAGAAGAUUAUGAAGUUGAUGAGCAAGGCAGAAAGAAAGUACAUAAAUUAAGGCUUUCCGUUGAAGAUUUAAUGUCUGCAGAAGGCGAUAAAUCAAAGAAACAAAUGGCAUCAAAAGGAAAACGUAAACGAUCGCCAUCACCGAAAGGACAAAAGAGGAAAUCAGGUAGAUCGCCUGCUGUUUUUCAACAAAAGAAAACUCGUAAUGAUGACGAAGAAUCUGAGGAUUUAACGAAAGAUUUGGACGAUCCACCAGCAGAACCAAAUGUUCAAGAAGUUAAGCCAUCAGUAAGUAAUACAACAUCAGGUCCAGCAACUCCAACAAUAACUAAACGUGAUCCAGAUAUGGCACCGCUUAAAGGAAGUACAGUUCAAGAUCUUGACGAGGAAACGGAACGUGGUGAUGAUUCACAGACUGGAAAGGCAAGUGAAAACAGCAAUACACAAGAUUUUGCCAAUAAGGAUGAUGUUGAAGAUAAUAAUGUCACAGAACAAACACAUCAUAUUAUUAUUCCUUCAUAUUCAGCAUGGUUUGAUUACAAUUCAAUUCAUAUUGUUGAAAAACGUGCUUUGCCUGAAUUCUUUAAUGCUAAGAACAAGUCUAAAACGCCUGAAAUUUAUCUGGCAUAUCGUAACUUCAUGAUUGAUACGUAUCGACUAAAUCCAACGGAAUAUUUGACAAGCACAGCAUGUAGACGAAAUUUAGCUGGUGAUGUUUGUGCAAUUAUGAGAGUUCAUGCAUUCUUGGAACAAUGGGGAUUAAUUAAUUAUCAAAUUGAUGCUGAAUCUCGUCCAACAGCUAUGGGACCGCCACCAACAUCUCAUUUCCAUGUUUUGAGUGACACACCUUGCGGUUUACAGCCAAUUAAUCCACAAAAAGUUCCACAACCGUUGGCAGCAAGUAAGGCAUUGCUUGAUUUAGACAAGAAACCAAUAAUUGCUGGUAGUGGCGAGAAAAAGGAAGGCGAAAAUGGCGUAGUUCCAACAGCAACAGUUAAACAAGAGCCUGGUGAAAUUGCACCAGGUGCACAAUUUGGUUUAAGACUAGAUCAAUAUAUGAAAAAGCCAGCAGCAAUGAAGAAUAAAACAGCUGCAAGUAUGUCACGUGAAUGGAAUGAUCAGGAGACAUUACUUUUGCUUGAAGGCUUGGAAAUGUAUAAAGAUGAUUGGAAUAAAGUUUGUGAACAUGUUGGAUCAAGGACACAAGACGAAUGUAUACUUCAUUUCUUGAGACUCCCAAUUGAGGAUCCGUACCUUGAAGAUGACAAUACAUUCUUGGGUCCACUUAGUUAUCAACCAAUUCCAUUUAGUAAAGCAGGAAAUCCAAUUAUGUCAACUGUUGCAUUUUUAGCAUCUGUUGUUGAUCCACGAAUAGCUGCAAGUGCUGCAAAAGCAGCUAUGGAAGAAUUUGCAGCUAUUAAGGAUGAAGUUCCAGCUUCUAUGAUGGAUGCACAUUUUAAAAAUGUCGAAAAAACAAACUUUGGUGGUAAAUUUGAUCCAUUUGCUGGACUUACAACAAGUGGAAUUGCCGGAACUGCUCCUGAGAAAGAAAAGGAUGAAAAUGUUGAAGGCGACAAGGAAAAGACAGGAAGUGAGGAUGUAGAAAUGAAAGAUGCUACAAAGAAAGACUCAGAUAAAGACGGUGCAGUCAAAACCGAGGCAAUUGAUGGUGAAAAGAAGUCUGACGAGAAGCAUGAUGGCGAAGAAAAGGAUGAAAAUGUUGAAUCCAGAAAGAUAUUUAAUGAAGGAAACUUGCAAUCGGCUGCUGCAGCUGCAUUGGCAUCAGCAGCAGUCAAAGCAAAACAUUUAGCAGCUGUUGAAGAAAGGAAAAUCAAAAGUUUGGUUGCAUUGCUCGUUGAGACACAAAUGAAAAAGUUGGAGAUUAAAUUGAGACAUUUUGAGGAAUUAGAAACAACAAUGGAACGGGAACGUGAGGGAUUAGAGUAUCAAAGACAACAGCUAAUACAGGAACGACAACAAUUCCAUUUAGAACAAUUGAAAGCUGCUGAAUUCCGUGCACGACAACAAGCACAUCAACGAUUCCAACAAGAACACGGUCCAUGGCAAAAUCCAAAUCCAAAUCAUCAAGCUGGACCACCAACUUUGCAGCCUGGAGCACCAAUUCCUCAUCAACCAUUAGCUCCUGGACAGAAUCCAUUACCUCCGAGUCAACAAGCAGCUCCAGCUCCAUCUGGACCACCUCCAAAUGACACUACAGCGCCAAUAAUUCAAAAUGUCCAACAAUUACCGCCACAAGCACCGAAUUCUAAUAAUAAUCCAAUUCCAGCAGUAGGCGCAAUUCCAACUUAAACUCAUCAUCUCAAAUUUAAUAUAAAUUAAAUUAUUGUUUUACAAUCUAAUUAAGGAGAGACUUUUUGACAUAUAAUUUCUAAAAUUUUAAUCAUUAAGACGCGUAUAAACACUUAUUAUUGACUUUAGACUACUUACUUACUGUUUAACUGAAUGUAUAAUGUAAAUCUCGCAUGAUAAAUGAAAUGUAAUAUCACAAAAAAACUUUACUUGACAUUGUUUCAAGUCUAUAGACAGAAAUAAUUAAGUUGUGAGACUCUAAUUAGAAGAAUUGGAAUUCCUUCACGUUUCCAACUGUAAAAUGCAGUGAUUUUUAUUGAAUUUCUUUCCUUUAUACAUCUCCAAUUCCUUUUAGACGAUGAAAAUAUUAAAUUAAAUUAAGAGGAAGAACAGUACGUGAACAUUGUAUUUUAAAAACUAUUUCAUUUGUCGAGAAAUAAAAAUUUAAAGUAAAAACAAAAUGUUUUAUUCAAUUACAGUUCCAAUGCGACAUGGAAUCUGAUCAACGUCCAUUGAGUCGACAAAUGAUAAAUGGAGUGAUACUCACCACUAGACUACCGAGGAUAUAUUAAUAAUCGUGUCAAAUUUGACGAAAUAUUUUACUGGUUAGAGGGGUUGUUCAAAUAUGACCAAAUUUGUGUUUUUCAGAAGUUUUGAC